GAAACCGUAUUGUGGUAUCGUUUUCGCGUUAUUUAUCUGAUAUUUGAAUCCAGUCUUAGCUGAGGAAACAUAAUUUUCUCAAAUUUUGGUCCCAUGUCGCUCAUCACCGACGCUUUAGAGCUGGAAGAUGAAGUGCUUUCACCUAUCGAAGGGUUGUCUCCCAUCUUACCGCAAUUCUUUGUACCACGACUAGCUGAUAAACCUCAGAACCCCAUCUUGCAUAAUCUUGAUCUCAUGAGCCACAUUGUGUCCAAGCCUGCCGUGGUGAAACCCUUGUUGCCUCCGGAACUGGCUAUCUUAACGCAAGAUAUACACCAGCCGCAGCAAACUCGAAAGUCAUUGUGGGCAGAAGCUAUCACAUCUGAAAAUCAACUGCGAUGUCAAAUCAAGACAUGGGAUGGUUUACGUUCUUCGUUCCGUCAGAAAUCGUUCCAUACACCUUUCAUAUCCGAGCAAUCCGAUCAAGUGUUUGCUUCAGCUCAAUAUCAUGUUCAGCCUGUUCUCAGCAGCUCAUCGGCAAACGUAACGUAUGUCACCCAGGAUGAAAUGCUGGUGUCGUUAAAGAUGGUGGUCUUGGGAACAUCUUCAUCUUUACAUUCAUGGGAUAAAAAGUCAGAAACGUUUAUCCGGGUCGGCCUUGAUAAAGGGGUGAAUCACAGUCUUCUCAUAGACGGAAGGAAUGAGACUAUAAGUCGAAGCUUUUUGCAGAGGUUCUUGGACAUUGGGACUCUUGUUCGUAGGCUUGAACUCUUCGUCACUUAUCUUCGAAAACGGGAUGGCCCGACAGUCCAUGCAUUCGCCCACGCACUGUCCUCAACGCUUGCCUACGUGCGCAAUACCUUGUCGAGCUUAUCACCGAAUAUUACCGGCACUCAGUCAAAAUCUAACAUGCUUUCGGCCAUUUGGCUACGCUACGGUGAUUUGGAGGGCUUGCUUAUUUCGUUGUCGUCGUUAUGCCACCGGGAACUUCGUUUAUCACCUCCAGAAUACCCUGCAUUUGAAACCUCUUCCGUCCCACUCUUGAAUCGCGUUUAUCAGCACCUCAGAUCUCAUAUUGAGAGUUCCUCACUGCAGCUCAUCACCGCCACAUUUGCUUAUCUGCUCACAAAGUCAUCCCAGGACUGCAUUCAGCGUGUUUGUCAGUCUGUGGCGUAUGGUGACGGUAAUCAACGUGCAUCACUUGCUACCAAGCAGUCUCGUGAAGCCCAUUCGUCCGACCUAUUUGGCGCGAAUGAGGCAGAGGAAGAUGAAAAUGACGAUGCAGACAGUGCACAAAUGGAGGACGAAUAUUAUCCGGCAUUCAUACCUCCAGAACUAGCUAAUAUUCUACCCGCAGCAAGGAAAUCAUUGAAGUUAUUGUUGGCUGCUCGACCAGAUCACCCAAUCCUACAAAAAUCCUCAGCCAGCGAAGCUCUUGUUUGGCUUUGGACGGAGAGCGAGGUCAAAGCGGUAUAUGAAGGGCACGCAGUUGAUAACAAAGACGAACGUUUAAACGACAGAAAUGUGACGAAUGGUGCUCAGAAGGAAGCUGAUCCAGAUGCCGACCUUGCCCAAAAUCUCUACAAACCAGAACUAGCGCAGUUUCACGUCUUUGACAUGGAGCCUGGCUCAUGCCAGCAAGAAUCUCUUUUCGGAUCCACUUCUGGGAGCUUGGCAGAUGCACCUUUACGAUCGUUCAUCUCCACGUUUCCUAAGGCCCUCCCGUCAAUCGUUCCUAAUCUAGAAUUAUUGACCUCCCUUGUAUUCUCUCCCCUCGUCAAACACGCAUCUUCUCUAUCUCGUGCCGUCCUGUCGCUCUUCCUGGAGCAAGAUUCGGCACUUUACCUCCACGACCACCUCAACUUACUGCGCUCAUACAUGCUGUUGACUUCAGACUCCUUUAAAUCACGGCUAGCAACGGCUUUGUUUUCUGAUUCUGAAGACCGCGAAACUUCGGACGAAAAUGUCAAAGCUUUCCGGCUAUCCCGUCAACCCCAGAGACACGCAAAGGCUUCAAAAACUGGACCUUGGGCCGUGGGUCUUGCGCCAGUCCUGAUAGACAGAGAGAGUUGGCCUCCUGGGGGGACAGACCUCAGCUACUUUUUGAGGACGGUCAUUAUGGAUUCCAUGGAAAUAGGCCAUCCCUCGAUGAAGGAUGACUUGGAAGACCAAGAGAAAUGUGGACGUCGACUCAUUCUCAACGAAGCUGAGUAUCGCUUAGGCUUUGCUAUUCGUGAUCUGCCAAUUGGAGCUGGGCGCGACCAGUGGCUAAAUCCUCUCUGUGAGGCUCUGGACUUCCUUUACCUCGAUUAUAAGGCUCCCCAUCCGCUUGAUGUCAUCAUAACUCCAGAGAUUCUGUCGAAGUAUCAGAGGAUGUUCGCUUUCCUGUUACGGCUAAUGAGAGUUGAGAGUGCUAUUCGCGCGGACUUUCGAAUGUCACGCAAAAGAACAGAACCUCUAUUUCCUACACUCACGUCAUCGAAUAAGCUCUUCCUGCACUUUCGAUUCGUAGCGCAGACUUUUGUGAACGCGCUCUCAGCAUACGUGUACGACGUCGCAAUCGGAGGGAACUACGAUGUCUUCCUCUCUCGCAUUGUUGCUGCUCAGUCCUACGAAACACCUGAUUCGGACGACGGUUUUUCAGACGUGUUUGCAUUGGCCAGCUCACAUUCGGCGGUUUUGGACGACAUCCUGAGCGCCUGUCUCCUGAGAUCGGGUCAGCGGGCAGUCGGUGAUUUACUUCGCAAGACACUGGAGUUGGUUUUAGAGUUCAGCAUCCUCACUGGUGAUCUCAAGAGUGGCAGACUGCAAGAGUACCAGGCUGCGUCGUUGCUAGAAGAUUUAUUCCAACUGUACUGCAAGAAAAUGUCUACUCUGGUUAAAGUAUUGGAGGCACUAUUGGAGAAGGGAGCCAAGUCGUCGCAGCUUCAAAGGGAAAUACUUAUGCUAAAGAAACAGGAAAGUGAUGCUCAUCAUCCACCAGGCGGAAUGGAGAGUUUGGGUCACCUUCUCAGUCGCAUUAAUGCCAAUGGUUGGUGGAAAGGGUCAACAGGAACGGCCACUGAUGCUUAGAGUCAAUGUUCACACUGCAUAUAAAGCCACGAAAUGAUAUAUAUUCUCACCAGUGAAUUGACAUUCUCUACAUACUACUAAUAAAGUGAUAGUACUUAUACAUGACCUCCAAAAACAGACUUUACACCGUUGCACUGUAGGUAGCGAGGGAACAUGGGGGAUGGAUGUGGGAUAAUAAUGAAAAUAAACAAAACGAAACAUGCUUAUGCAAUAAACAAAAAGAUGGGAUGUACAAUCAGUGGGGCAAGGUAGAACGAAAAGGAAGAAUUAUAAUAUGGCAUUUAGUCUUCCACAGCAUCGUGGAAUGGGUUUUCAGCACAAUGGUUGGAGUUGACCAUCCUCGCCUUAAUGUCUUUGCUUAAACGGAAACUCUCCUUGAUCCAUAUGGCUUUGAUUUCUUCUUCCCGCACACAGGUAGUAUUCGCGGCCCCGCCAUCGGUACCAAUGACACCAAGUCCUCUCAACACCUCAUCCACGCGUACACUCUCAGCAAGUUUGACCUCCUGUGCAGCGGCAGCACCCUUGGAAGGCCCUCCGAAAGAAGAUGAACGGCCAAAGGCUCGUCGACCAGAUUUUGAGGGUGACGACAAGGGGUUAUAGGCAGACAUUAUUGAUACUAAUCCUGCCGUCUCUAGCAUCCCAGCCAAAUCACUGAAUUCGCUCCUGGAUACGGGAGUAAACAAAUCGCUAUCCCCACGCCUGAGGA